AUGACGCCAUUAGUGAGAAAAUUACUGACGCUGCCUCCGCAGACGGUCUUUCAUUGGAUGACACUCCUGGGAAAACGCCAUCCCGGUAAUAAAUUACCGCCAUUACGCCAUAACACCCACCAUUCUACCCAACAAGAACAACCCUCACCACAGCAACUUCUUAUACCUCUUAUUCCUCCUCGCAUUCUUCAGCUUCAUACUAUCCUUCAUCCUGCAGCUCUAUCUCUCCUCCACGGAACUCUUAUUGCAUGUUCGGCCGUGCCAUGUCGAAUGAUCCGUCAGGAUAAAUCCCCCGGUGGACGCCCGAGAGCAUCUGGCAAAUCUUAUAAGGAAACACGGUCCCCCGACCCCAGUUUCUUCGUCUUCCUCUCUGCGGAAAUUAACCUCGACUUCUCCCAUCAACACUUCGUAUUUACCUUAGACUCGGUCGAGACACCGCCUGCCUCUCCUGCUCCUGUUGAAGAACCUUACGAAUCUACGGCAGGCUCUCGACCCAUUCCUAUCCCUCAUGCCAACUUGAGUCGUUCCUUCGAAGACUUACCGCUCACACCCUUGACGGGACGCUUCGAUCAUCAAUACUUGGCAGAGCGUCCCAAACACCAGCAGUCGUUAUCCGGACAAGACAAGUCAUCCCGCAAGAAAAAGCCACGACCGUCCUCAUUGUCCGUCUCAACCUCUACUAGCAAUCGCAGUCGACCUACCAAAAGAAUGCCAAUGUCAGGCCCGUCUCUAGCCAUGUCGCACCAGUCCGGGCAAGUCUCGCCAAAGCCAUCACCCAAGGACGCUCCACUGUACCUGAACAACUUACCACGCUUCCACCCCGCUGUCUAUCAAUCGCCAAACAGCACUCCAAACGCUUCACUCUCGCCCAACACGUCGAACCACCACCCCAGAUCAUUCGGGUACCGUGUUGCGUCGGGAGGAAGUGGAAGUUCUAGGGAAGCUUUGAGACAGUAUCGUGAACUAGUCGCUGCCAGCGUUUCGUUAUCGCGCAAUAAUUCGGACAGCAGUGAUGCUGAAAUCUCAGCUCCACGACUGGAUCCUCUCGGUAGUCCGGGUCCUGUGACGCCGCUUGCUCUCGAGGAGGCAGAGAGCUAUUUGUCUGCUAGAAACGACUACUCCUCGCCGCGUCAGGCAGACGAGCGGGAGCGACAUGGAACUACGCGCACGAAGGACACCAAAGGUCGAUAA